AUGGUCCUCGCACGCCGUACCAACACCAAUGGCCAACCCGGUGCGAUGUCCACACCAUUGACACGCCUGAGAAAUGGGUCCAGAGCGCGUGUGUACUUUGCAGGUAAGGAUGUGCUCCAAAUGGAGGCUACUUACUCCUUGAACCAUGUUAAUGACUUCUGUAGUAAUGGAUGUGGCAUGGAUAUCGGCGUGAAAAAUGGAAAGGUUGUUGGUGUCAGAGGCCGCACAACGGACCGCGUGAACAAAGGAAGAUUGGGACCGAAGGGGUUGAAUGGAUGGAUUACUGUCGGCCACCCAGACCGACUAAAGUACCCGCUCAUCAGGCGAAACGGCAAGCUCGAGCGCGCAACAUGGAAUGAGGCAAUGAGUCUUAUUGUUGAAAAAGCCAAAGAAGUUCGCUCUCGUUUGACAAAUCAUGGCAUCGGGUUCUAUACCACCGGGCAGCUCUUCAUUGAGGAAUACUACGUCCUUGCUAUGAUUGGAAAGGCGGGUCUAAACACGCUGCACAUGGAUGGUAAUACGCGACUAUGUACCGCAACUGCUGCAGCAAGUAUGCGCGAGUCAUUUGGCUGUGACGGCCAGCCCGGAUCGUACGCCGACGUGGACUACACAGAAUGUCUGUUCCUGUUCGGUCACAACGUCGCAAACACUCAGACAGUCCUUUGGUCUCGUAUGCUAGACCGCCUAGACGGUCCAAGGCCACCGAAGGUAAUUGUGGUUGAUCCCAGAAGGUCUGAGACGGCUAAACGCGCAGAUGUUCAUCUCACACCCAGGAGUGGAACCAAUGUGGCCCUUUUGAACGGGAUACAGCAUCUUUUGUUUAAACAUGGCUGGGUAAACGAGGGGUAUGUCUCGAAGUACGUUGUUGGAAUAGACGAGCUUCGAAAGACAGUCGAAACGUACACGCCAGAGCAUGUGCAAGAGAUCACGGGAGUUCCUCCAGAUCAACUGAUGGAGGCUGCCAGAAUAAUAGGGACAACGAGGAGUCUCCUCUCGACGGCUUUGCAGGGAGUGUACCAAUCCAACCAGGCCACCGCAAGCGCGUGCCAGAUUAAUAACAUCAAUCUUCUCCGUGGACUAAUAGGCAGACCUGGUAGCGGCAUCCUUCAGAUGAAUGGACAACCAACGGCACAGAAUAACCGAGAGACAGGAUGCGAUGGCGAAUAUCCAGGAUUACGAAACUUCCAAAACCCAAAUCACGUGCAAGAUAUCGCUGAUAUCUGGAAUAUUGACUACAUAAAAAUGCCACAUUGGAACCAACCCACGCACAUCGAGAACAUGCUCACAUAUAUCGCGGGCGGUUCGAUUGAGAUGUUCUGGAUUUCAGGCACCAACCCUCUAGUUAGUCUCCCGAAUCUGCCUAAGGCCCGUGAGCUCCUUACAAAGCCCAAUUUGUUCGUCGUGUGUCAGGACAUAUUCAUGACCGAAACAGCGGCUAUUGCGGAUGUUGUCCUGCCCGCAGCGCAAUGGGGAGAGAAGACGGGUGUCUUCACGAACGCGGACAGAACAAUGCACAUUUCACUAAAAGCCGUGGAGCCACCGGGAGAAGCACGUGCAGAUAUGGAUAUCUUCCUCGAUUUUGCAAAACGAAUGGACUUCAAGAACAAAUAUGGUGGCCCACUGGUCCCAUUCAACGGUCCCGAGGAAAUUUUUGAAGCAUGGAAGCGCAUGUCCUUUGGACGACCCUGUGACUGUAGUGGGAUCAGCUAUGAAAAGCUUCAGGGAGGGUCUGGCAUCCAAUGGCCGUGUACGGAAGCGUACCCGUUUGGCAAGGAACGACUAUUUCAGGAUGGUGUCUUCUUCACAGACCUAGAAUACUGUGAAAGCUUCGGCCAUGAUCUCGAGACAGGAGCCCCAUUGACGAAGGAGCAGUACAAGACUUUGAAUCCUGCGGGACGGGCAAUCUUGAAACGCGCGCAUUACAGGCCGUCGUUGGAGGAAACAAACGAGGAGUAUCCAUUGAAUCUUUCCACGGGACGCAAUGCUCUCCACUUCCACACGAGAACGAAAACAGGGAGGAGUAAACGACUUCAGGAGGCUGACCCCGAGCCGUGGGUUCAAGUGUCGACUGAAGAUGCAGAAGCGUUGGAAUUAAGCGAGGGCGAAAUGGUUGUUGUCAAGUCUAGACGGGGAGAGGUAGAAUUACCGGUCCGGGUUGGAAACAUUUCUCAAGGCCAUAUCUUUAUUCCUUUUCAUUUCGGAUACUGGGAUGCAAAGGAUGACCGGUCUAGAGCAGCCAAUGAGUUGACGAUUGAACAAUGGGACCCUGUCUCCAAGCAACCAGCCUUCAAAUCUGGCGCCGUGCGCAUUGAAAAAACCGUCCAAAAAGAAGGCCAAGAGAAGCUCCACGCCAAAGAACAACAGACAGCCGUCGUCCACAGUGUCGAGAUGAAGAAGAAACAAACAACCAGCAUCCCCCAACAACCACAAACCGACCAGGACAGCCCACCUCGUGUCCGCAGACUCGAACUCUGGCUCGGUGCCACCUUCGAAGCCAUGAAAAUGCUAAUCGACUUCUACGACCACCUUAUACCGCGCCUCAUCCACGACUUCGACGUGCAGUCGGGCCUACUAGUAAUGCACCGCAUCGCAACAGAAACCUGCAAACGCUUCAAACCCAUAGUUGAGAAAUACCACGAGAGUAAGCAAUACGGCCGUUCCGUCUCUCAGCGUCUUUUGGACACCAUCAUUCCCAAAGAUAUCAACAAAUCGGAUCCCUACGAGGCAUUGGCAGCUUUGCAGUCGCUGCAGCUAUUCCUUACGUAUAUCGAUGAUCACUUAGUUGCAUUGCUGCCGGCUAGCCAGGCACUCUGGGACAAAGACUUUCUGGGCGCUGUACAGUUUGGGCAAGAUUCCAUUAUGAGGCAGAAGGCGUGGGCUUCGAAUCAUAUCAAGACAAAAAGUCCGCAGACGUUGCUUGUGCCGAUGACUAUACCGGAGGAUCUGAACUCUCCGGAUUCGAGUUUGGCAGGGACUUUAAAGUGUUAG